UAUGUGUCCAUAUAUGUAAUGUAAGGUUAAGGGUGCAUAAAUAGUAAUUCACACAGAGACACCUUCCAAUACUUAAUAGCAAUUUUUAUUUUUUUCUGUGAAUUAUAUAAAGAUAAUUAAAUAAUUUCUUUAACCAAGAGCCAGCAACCAAACCUCUACCUUCAAAAAAUAUUUCCAUCUCAACAAGUAACACGUCUACAACGCUCGCAAACGCAGAACCUCCGUUGCAAACAAGUCAAAAAUCCCCAAAUAAUACAGGAGCAACGCAACGUCCACCACCACGUUCAUUCCUCUCGUUUCUCUUUUGUUGCACAUGGGGAGCUGGCGCUAUGAUAAACGAUGUUGACAAGCCUGAAAAUAUCACUGUUCCUACCACUAAUACUCCAUCUGGGACCGUCGUGAGCAAUAAAAGUUUUACCAAAAAACAGACGAAUACCACAAUAGAACAGGAAAAGCCUGCCGAAGUUAGUCCACCAGUGGUUCCCGAACCAAUUUUGGAAGAACCAAAUGAAGGAGAGGUCGAAAAUAAAUGGCUCCUUGGCCCAAUAGGACCUGAACAUAUUGGUAGAAAGUGUUUAGUAUUAGAUUUAGAUGAAACUCUAGUACAUAGUUCUUUUAAGUUGAUUCAUCAAGCUGAUUUUGUUGUACCGGUUGAAAUUGAAAGUCAAAUACACAAUGUCUAUGUAAUAAAACGUCCUGGAGUUGAUCAUUUUUUGAAAAAAAUGGGGGAAAUAUACGAAAUUGUAGUGUUUACUGCAAGUUUGUCAAAGUAUGCCGACCCUGUUCUUGAUAUGUUAGAUACGAGCAAAGUGGUUAAACAUCGAUUAUUUAGAGAAUCAUGUAGUAAUCAUAAGGGAAAUUAUGUGAAAGACUUAUCGCUACUUGGUCGAGCACUUAAUGACACUAUCAUUAUUGAUAACUCUCCUGCAAGUUAUAUCUUUCAUCCAACUAAUGCUGUUCCUAUAUCGUCAUGGUUUAAUGACCCACACGAUACUGAAUUGUUGGAUUUAAUACCAUUUUUGGAAGAUUUAACAAUGGUAGAUGACGUAAUGAUGGUUUUGGACACUUCCAAUACUUCCAAUGAAGCGCACUAGAAGAUCUGAUGAGAGGACAAUUUCUGAACAUAGCAGGUGGUGCUGAUGUUCAGCACGGACUGGAAAACAUCAUGUUCACAGCUGCUUUCUUGACUCUCAGUCGGGAUUGUCAAAGAUUCAAUUCUCUUUAA